AUGGAUGGUGUCUCCAUGAAUCACUAUGAAAAACAGCUGUACAGUGUGUUCAAAACCUUCGACAUAAAUAACGAAGAAGCCUUAGAUAGAUCUGCUGUUCUUGAGCUAUGUGACGCGUUACAGCUUGAGGAUCGAGGGGCUACACUAGUUGACACGCUUUUUGACGGGCGGCCUGACCGUGUCACCUUCACUCACUUUCGCAACGGGCUACUGUCUGUACUCGGCGGCGAGGGUCCUUCACCGGCACCCAGCACUCGACCAGGUGUAUCGACACCACCCCAAAGUGACGACGAUUCUUCAGGCCGAGAAGUUGCUCCGAAAUUUACCUUUGGAUUGAAAAAAUAUGGUCGUCGCUCGCGACCACAACGAAUAGAUUCAAACGUGUCUCCGCGACAUCGUGUGGCUUCCGAGUCGCGUUUAGAUGUCGAACGUUGUAAACAACGUAUGAAGUGUAAACGAAGCUCUUCAGCUAUGGAAAGUCGCAUUGACUUACGUCUCGAAGAUGAAGACGCUCCAAAGCUAGACCAUGAGCAGCGCGUCGACACAGACCGAGCUCUAAAGCUUUGCCAAAGCUUGGAAAUGCAUGGUGUCAAUAGAAAGCUCAUCCAACAAGUAUUUGAUUCAUCAAAAACUGAUGAAAUGAGUUUAGGUGAAUUUUUUGAUAGACUUAAUGUAUCUCUCCAGUCCACAAUUGAUAGUAGUCUUGAUGAAAGUAAUUCUGAUGUAAGUACAUGUAUAGAUAAUGAUACUGUCCCCAGUGAUGUAAUUGUAGAGGCCUGGGAGCGAGCAGGGGUUCAAAAGCCUAGAAGACUACUUCAAGAAUUAGGCUUCACAAUAGUUGCUAUUGAACCCAGAGAUCUUGAACAAUCACUUGAUGAAGAAUUACAAGCUUUGGGAUUCCCAUCAGAGAUUUCAGAACCACGGUCUUUAUUGUUAUUAGCUGCCAAUACAUUGAGCAGACUACAAAUAGAAAGAAUUCGGAGUAAAUUUGAAAUGGUUGUUGCUGAACGCAACAAACUGAGAUCUGACCUUUCAGAAGCUAAUCGGCGAGCAAGGAUGUUAGCGCAAGAUGUUGAUGAGAACCAUGCGCAGAUAGAAGCAGAGCUUAAAAAUAGAAUGAAGGCAAUGGAAUUGAAACACGCAGAAAUAGCGCGAUUGGCUGGAGAUGAAGCUGCAGCAGAGCGGGAACGCGCAUCUCGCGAGUCCAGUCGUCUGGCUGCAGAUAUCGCGCGCCGCGCUGAUCUCGAGGCCCAGCUGCGGAUAGAUCUAGCAACCCGCACACAACGUUGCCAAGAUCUGGAGGAACGAAUAAAUGAGUGUGAAAAUCGUCAUAAUGAAAUCGAGCGUGAAGGAGCCCGUGCAUUGGAAGAGGCCCGAAUUGCCGCCCAACGCGAAGCGGAACGCGCCGAGAGAGAACACGCCGCCGCCGAGCAGUGUGCCGAACGUCUUGCUGAACUGCGUGGCGACAACGCGCGCCUUCGGGACCGUGUCGACGAGCUGGCUGCCGCGCUUGAGGCUGCUGCCCGCGCCCCCCGCCCAUCAUCAGCUCUUUCCAGUCCUUUAACCCUCAAUACGCUUCAGCGUGAAUGCUCAGUCGAGGAUGGACACAUAGAAAUGUGUAGGCCAUCUCAAGAGCUACUCAGCGAACUCAAGAUGUUAUCUGCAGAAAAUGCGAGUUGUGAGCUUUGUGGUGGAAAGUGGGAGAGAGUGGGAGCACUGUGCUCAGUCCUAAGUGCCCCAGAUGAUGAACAGGCCCGACUGAGGGCAUCACAUGAGGCUGAAAUAUCGAAUCUCAACGCUAUUAUCACGGAGCUGGAAGGUAGCUUGGAUGCGUUGCGCGGUGAGUACGAGCGCUGCGAAGAGUAUUGGGCAGCGAGGCUGCAGCGCGAACGGGACGAACAGCGCGCUGCCGAUGAAUUGCUGGCAGAGUUGGCCGAUAAGGUGGCGGCCUAUGAGCGGCAGUUCGCGUCGGUGUCGCGCGUUGCGCCACCAGCUCUGCCAGCACUGCCGGAGACAGCACUGGAAGACCAGUACGCCCAGCUGGAGGCGGAGAUGCACCAGCUGCGGGAGGAGACCGAUGCUCGCCUUGCGCGACAGGCAGAAGAUCUGUCGCAGAAAUCCCAGCGCAUAGAGGAGUUGCAGCAGUGUGCUGAUCAGCUCCAACAGCAGCUGCAGAGGCCACGCCCCAGACCCUGCACUGACCUAGACGUGCAGCGGUUCCAGCCGACGUGUGGAUGCGGUGGAGCAACGGCAGGAGCGGCUUUACGGGCGCGAGCAGCACGGGCAGAACGGGCAGCGCAGAGGCUCCACGCGCGCCUCGCCGCCGCCGACCUGCUCGUCAAAGACCUGUACAUCGAAAACUGCCGCCUGGCGCAUCUGCCCCACCUGCCCCCCCUUCCUCCCCUACCCCGCUUGCCUUGA